AGAGAGGUUUGUGUAAACAGCAAUGGCAGUACAUGAAAGGAGAUGCAGCUGGAUAAGAAAAUGAAGGGAAAGGGUGCAACUCAAAUACAUUUCUACUGCUCUGGAACGGGACGGACUGGCUGUCCAGAAGGACGGAGGGAGGUAGAAGUUAGAAGAGACCUGCAGAGGCUUUCCCAGAAGGAACUGAGCUCUCCAUCUUCACCCUUCAUGUGGCAGGUUUCUGGUGCACAGAAAUGACAGCAGUAGACGUUUGGACUGGACACUGCUUUGGAGCUACGCAGCAAUUACAGGCUGAGGUGCAGAGAGGAGAGCCAGAGGAGGCUGUCAGAGUGUGAUUUGGGUUUGUGUGCUAUGCGCCUCUGUGGUACACAGGAGCACUCGCAUAUGUUCGGAUGGAUUUUCAUUGUCCCUGAGGUGGGAGCCGACAGCAGCGACGGGAAACACAGGAAGCAACGGGAUUUUCCGUACAUGUGGAACAGUCGCUCCGGUUGGACCUGAAAGAGGUCUGAUCCUUCGUCGGUGUGAGGAAUCAGCACCCAUUCUAGCUCAGAAAGGAUGCUUUGUACCACUGAUUCCUUUUCUUCUGACUCACUGAUGACUUUGAUGACUUAAUGAAGGACUCUGAUCUAAGUAAGGACUUGACCUGGGGGUCGGAUCAAUCCUGGGAUUCAGUCAUCAAAUCGGCAACACAGCUUUGCCUCAAUACUUUGGAUUUUUCAGAUCUGUUUGAUGAAGAUGACAGUGGGGAAGAAGAUACAGCCAGUACAAGUAAUGCACCAACAAGCCCACAAGCCCCCAAGGAAUAUCCUCCACCUCCUCCUCCACCUCCUCCUCCUCCACCACCACCACCUCCCAGUGCCCCUCCCCUGCCUUCAGCACUGACUGAAGGUACGGUCACUAAAAGACGCACCUUGAAGCUCCAUUGGAAGGAACUUCCCAACUUGGCUCCUCUUCCCAGGAUGACACACUUUGGAAUGCAAACAAUCUGGGCGGAGCUUGAGCCGGUAAAUUUGGACACAAGCCUUCUGGGAAUUCUGUUCAAAGCCAAGACCUGCAGCACCGCUUCUAAAGUGGUUUCUGGACGGCAGCCUUCCGUCUCAGUUCUGGGAAUGAAGCGCAGCAACAUUAUAACCAUCGCCCUGAGCAGUCUUCCAGCCCCCCGGCUGCUCCCCCCAGCCAUCUACGCCAUGGACAGCAGCGUGCUGGACAGGGAGGAUGUUCAGCGUCUUCGAGCACUGAUCCCUACAGAGGACGAACUCGGCCUGAUAAAGGAGGCCAAGGCCCAGAACCCUCACGCCCCACUGGCCCAGGCUGAGCUCUGCUUACUGACUCUGGGGGAAAUCCCACACCUGAGCACCAGGCUGGAGCUGUGGGCCUUUGCUUUGGACUAUGACUCCUUGGAGAAGGAAAUCGCAGAACCUCUCUUCCAUCUGAAGUUAGCCAUGGAGCAGCUGGCAGCCAGCCAGACCUUCAGAUAUAUUCUCGCCACGGUGCUCACUAUCGGGAAUUUCCUCAAUGGGUGUAAGGCCCGCGGUUUUGAACUGAGUUACCUGAGCAAGCUGUCUCAGGUGAGGGAUACCCACACCCGCCAACCCUUGCUGCAUCACGUCUGUUUGCUCCUGCUGCAGCUCCGCCCAGACUCCUCUGACCUCCACUCAGACAUUGCUGCUGUGACCAAAGCCGCCAAGUAUGACUACUCUCAGGUCCAGUCCAGCUUUACUCAGCUAGAAACUAUGUGCAAAGCAUCAUGGGAGCAGCUAAAGAUACUGGAGAAGGCUGAAGAUAGACAGAAUGGAGGGAAGAUGGACAGAAGUAAAGGUGCAAACGAGGAGGUUUCAGAGAACUCCCUGCGACAUAGGCUGCCCAAGAUUUUGAAAGACUGUGAAGAAAGGCUGAAGGUCCUGAGAGCCGUCCAUCGUCGGGUUAUCAACAGGUUUCACUCUUUUCUUCUCUUCCUGGGAUACUCACACUCCAUGGUGAGGGACACCAAAGCAGAGGACUUCUGCAGAAACAUCAGCAACUUCUCUCUGGAGUACAGAAAUGCACGGCAGGCCAUCAUCCUACAGAGAGAACGGGAGCAGCAAAGGGCAGUGGCUGGAAUCCCCGCCCCAGGCACACCUGUUGGCAGGAGGAAGUGUCAGCAGGAGCCAUCACAGGACAGUGAUGAGCAGUGCAGGUUAGAGAAGGUGCUGAGAACACCGGAACUGAGCUCCAGAGUGGACAUCACUGUGCCACAAAGCCGCAGGAGAACAGGCGACAUCAAAGGAGUACGAUGUAAGAAAAUGACCUGGUGACCCUCCUUAACAUGACAAAUGUUUCUUUAACCGUUGUCGCUUCUUGAUUUGGAUCAGACGGAGAUUUUCAAGGUUGGAAAUGUGUUUGCUUGGUUCAAAGAGGUUUAAAACAUGAAGAAUUGAACCAAACACUGUCAACAAUCAACUUCAAGAACUGCAAAACCCAUUCAUUUCAGUUCAUUUCAUGUAAAACUUAUUUUAAGGUCUGCACAUUUGCUCAUGCUCAGGUCUACAGGAAUGGAAGAUCAUUUGAAAUGUAUGUGUCAUGUGGAUGACUUUGAUGAUUAGAUAAUACAAAAAUGAAAGAAAAAAAGGCUGUAACAGAGAUGAGUUUUUACAGAAACUUGGGUUUACUGACUCGUGAAGUGACAGCAUCACCUGUUGGGGUAUUUAAAGUCCAAGUCUAAUAAUCUUUUGAUCUAUUGUGAAAGCGUUCUUAGUGUUUUUUUAAUUAUGACUAUGCCUUUACAGCCCCCCCAAAAAGAAAAAAAAAUUGUGUUGUUUUUAGGACGUAGUUUCUGCAGAGCAGCAGUACAUCAGAAAUUCACCUCUGGACAGGCCCCGCCCUUUUUGGAUUUGUUAUACAUCUAAACAUGACGGUCAUGAUUACAAACAUCCAGCAACUUGUUGCUUCAUGAUCCCCCCCUUCUAUAAUCACCCUCCUACCCCCCCCCCACAUCCCUCUCUCUUCUUCCUUCCUUUUCUUUUCC